CUCUCUCUGGCCCCCUCCUGCCAUGGACGAACAGUGGCUCGAACAUGAGGCCGAGGCAACAUCUUUCGAUUGGCUGGAUGCACCCCUCGCCCCGACCGGAGGCGGGUUCGGCUUCGCCGCGUCCCUGCUGGAAUCCGGCCCCGAUGUAGCGCCGCCCCUGCUCGGCACCCCGGGGCCUGGCCCCUCCGAGCGGACCCUGUCCAAUAGCGACUGGCUGGAGCCCUUUUCUUCUGCCUCCACCGGGCGCCUCCCAGCGGCGUCCAACCCCGGCAGUUCACUUUUGUCGGCCGAAAGUUUGCUCGAUGUCACGCUGCCAGGAUGCCCGACCGGCGACUCGCCCUCCCUCGAUCUACCCCCGGGCCCCGGGGCCUUUGCCCUCGGCGAUCCACUCCUGCCGGUUGGGCCGCCCUCCAAGCGCCUUCACAUGUCUCCGCCGCCCGCACUCUCCAUGCGGCAGUCAGCCCCUUCCGUCGCCCACAUGGACCUCCUGGCACUGGCCGAGGCCGAGCCUCCGGCAAUUGGCCCCGACACCUCGGAGCCCCAGCCAAGCACGCCCCCACCCCCGCGGCAACCCCUGGCCCCCCUUCGGCGGUCCCCCUCGCGUGAUGUGGCCCAUGUCCUGGACUUGAUCCAGCAGCAGGACCAGAUGUACGACGAUCUGGCGCUGGUGAAUCAGCUCCUCACACCGGAGAAGGAGGACUUCAUCGCGCUGCCUGCCCUCCUGCCCUUGCAGGCGGCUUCCGACGUGGCUGCCGUUCUGGCCGUCGCCAUGGAAGCGCCCUCCCCGCCGGAGGUGGUUAGUGUCCACCGUCUUCGGGAGCAAAUGCUGGCCGGCGAGGACUCGCCAAUCCCCCCCCCUUGUAUUUUGAAUGUCCCGGCGGCCAGCCAGCCGGAGCUUGCGCCCCGGUCGAAGCCCCACUUUCCCGACCCCGGCCCGCCCCUUCCGGCCCCGGUGUCCCUGCUCCCCCGGCCACCCCCGCCGAGUGCCCUCCCACCACCGCCGCCACCGCCACCACCACCACCACCAUCGGAGCCGGCGCCCGAGUUCAGCUCCCCCAUGUCCGGGGCCUGCUCGGCCGCUCUGGCCGAGCUGAAGCUGCUGGACAGCUCCCUGAGCGAGGCCGCCGACUCGGGGGACGACUUGCUGCUGUUCCCGCCGGCCGCCGGCUCCGGCCCCGGCCCCGGCCCCAUGCCUGCCUCCUCCCGGAUAUCCACUUCCACCACCAUCCGGCAGCCGGAUCCGGACUUGACCGCCGGGCCUGGUCCAGGGCCGGUCCCGGCGUCGCGGCUCCCGGUGCGCGCGGCGCCGCCGGGCCUCGUGCACCCGGCUCUAGCCGUGCGCAUCGGCCUGGUGCACCCCCUGCCGCCGGCUCACCAUUUGGCAUCGCACCUGGCCCGGCACCCGGAUCUCAGUCGCGAGUCGCGCCUGCCGGUCCCCACCCACCCCUACAGCCUGGGUCUAUUGUGA